UUUCCAAGAAGUAUAAGUCUUUACUAAGAAAUAGAGAGUCUUUAAAUUGUCUAGCAUAGUUAUUCAAAAUUUGCUGACGACUCCAUUGAAAGCCAGUAGUCAGGUUCGUGGUGAUUUUUAUGAGUGAGCAAGUGACAUAACUCAGUUGAAAAUGCCAGAUUUCGGGAAUGCUGGCGAUGUGGAAAUACGGUCGGUGUUGCUGUGAUUUGCGAGUUGUGUGGCAUUGCCAAAUACUGUGGUCAAAAAUGUCGAAAUGAAGACAUAUUUCGCCACGAAGCAGAAUGCAUUCCUGCGUCGAUCCUUAGAACAUGUAAGAUGUGUAGAAACAGUGGUCGAGACCUCAAAGCGUGUACUGGAUGCUACAAAGCUUUCUACUGUAAUUCAAAUUGUCAGCAAAAUAACUGGGGAAGACACAAGAUUGAUUGCAAUUCCGUCCAAGAAAUAAUACAGAAAAAGACCCAGUUCAUUACGAUUCUCUUUUCAGAGGCACAUUGUUUACAAUGCCAGUAUUUCUACUGGGGUAAUGUAGCAGCAUUCGACUGUCUCAACCUUGUCAAAAACGAGGGCGAGUCGUACGACUCGGAUUUACACGUUCUGCACCUCGGUGUUGGUGAUUUAAGAAACGUAGCGUUGACGUGUGCUUCUUUGCCAGACUCCUAUACGAAGAUUGUUUCAUUUACUUUGAAUGACAAAGAGAGUUGCGUGUUGGCCAGACUGGUUCUUUUUCUGUACAUGUUAAUAAAAGGUAAGCCAAGAGUUGAAAAAAUUGACACCGAAAUUUGGUAUUCGAUUCAACUCUGCAAAUCCACUUACGAAUCCCUAACUCUUGCGCUUCAGGAGCUGAUAAAUUGCACAACUACUCACGAAUUCCAAAAAACAACAUCUGGUCUGAUUGCUGUCAACAAAUCGCAAUUGCACAACCUUAAGCUGGUGUGGAAGUCAUGGUUUGAAUUAAAAGUCCAAGAUACUACAAGUCACAACGCGAAAAAAUAAUGGUUUUGAAGGUUUUAUGUUGAACACUUUUUUCUCCGAAUAUAUUGGAAAUAUCCCAAGCGAGUACAGACAAUCAGCAGAAAAAUAGAUAAAGGAUGGAAUUUUUAAGCGAACAGAAACUCGAUUGUUUGCAGAGAAUCCAACACUCACAGGACCGAAUAAGGAAAAGACAGAAACUUCGCACUUCUUUUACUGCAUUCCGACAGGUAAUCUUCCAUUCUUAGGAUGGGAUUACGUUCAAUUGAAGAAAUUUAAGUUGGUUCCCUGUCUAAUAACAAUGUACGGUGAAUACAUUGAGCACGUUCUGAAAGUUUUUAUGGGCAAACUAUCGAAGAGACAAGUCAAAUUUAAAGUGGCAAUAGAUGACUCCAAUAGAUAACUUCCGAAGUUACUGCAAUUUUGUUCGAAGAUGUUAAACCAUCAAAAUCCAAAUGCCACGAUAAUCAAUGAAACUCUAGUGUGGGCGGAGGUUAUAAUACCAGAGGGAAGAAUCCAACAUUCUUUUAAUUAUUUGCAAGUAGAGAAGUUGACAAAAAUGGCCACUCAUGAUACUAAACGUUACAGAUUUACAGAGGACAGUUGCAUAAGUUUUAAGGAAUACCUAGAUAACUCGUUUGAUUUCAUCAACUAUCUACGAGCUACAUUCAAUGCUUAUCGUCAGCGCGCAGAGGCUCGUAAUAUGAGCAUUCAAACGAAAGCAAACAUUCCCACCCUCAAACAGCUGGGCAACGAAUUCAACCUUCACCUUCGUGACGGCAUUCGUGACGAAAACAGAAUCGUCUUCUUCAAAUCAGCAGUAAACAGAAGAAGGAGUGCGCGUUUUGUUACACGUACCUCCAAAAAUGGACAAAGAAUCGAGAACAUAAAAAACUUGAAAGACACCGGUGCAUGGUAAUGGCAUGAUUCUACGGCUAUCGUAUCCGAUUGGUCAAUUUCUUGAAUACAAAUUAUAUCACAUAGAGUGUAAAAAUAUAUUUGAAUAAGAUUGUUUUGUUUACACACCUAAUUAAGCAAAUUAUUAAAACUUGACUAGUUUUCAUGCGGUAA